AUGAGCAGGGAUAUUAACCCUUUCACUUCUGCUACUAAUCCCAUUUAAGCCAAGCCUAAGUGGUUGCGAUCUGUUGAUUGAUCAAGUAACCAGAAUAUGUGAUUCUUUACUAACCUAAUUAAUUUUUAGGUUUUCUUUGAAUGAUUCCGUAAGAUCAUCCAUGGCUGCAACUGCGCACGUUCAAGAAGCUCUCACCUCUUACUUCCUUGUUAUUUGCUCCCCUUCAGUGUUUAUUUGAGCCCUAGGGUUUCUGAGUUUAUGCUUCUUUCUCCUGCUACUUUUCUAGGGUUUGAAAAACCCUAGGGUUUUUGGUGGUUCUCCUCUCUCUCUCUCUGUCUCUGUCUCUCUCUCUCUCUCUCUGUCUUGCUGUUUGAUUUCAGAGAUUUCGUUGGUUAAGGAACGCUGGAGACUGUACGGGUACCAAAGGUUUCUCUCGCGUCUCUGUCAUAUUUCUCGAUCAAAGAGAUGCCUAGCUCAAUGUCUGAUCCUCUGGAGAAUGACGCGGAGCCAUUUGUGGAGACUGAUCCAUCAGGGAGAUUCGGACGUUACAAUGAACUUCUUGGCUCCGGUGCGGUGAAGAAAGUUUACAGGGGUUUUGAUCAAGAAGAAGGCAUCGAAAUUGCAUGGAACCAGGUCGACCUGCAGAAUUUCUCUGGUGAUGAACGAAUGGUGAAGAGGAUUCAGUCUGAGGUCUAUUUAUUGAGGUCUUUGAGGCAUAAGAAUAUCAUUGCUCUCUAUGCUGUAUGGUUGGGUAGAGAGAACAAUACCCUGAAUUUCAUUACAGAGGUCUGCAUUUCUGGGAACUUGAGGGAGUACAGGAAGAAGCACAAGCAUGUGUCUCUCAUGGCUUUGAAGAAGUGGGCAAGGCAAAUUUUAAGGGGUUUGGAGUAUUUGCAUAAGCAUGAGCCUUGCAUCAUUCACAGGGAUCUCAAUUGUGGCAAUGUUUUCAUCAAUGGCAAUGUUGGUCAGGUGAAGAUAGGAGACCUUGGCCUUGCUGCCAUUGUUGGGCAAGACCAUACUGCUCACUCCAUACUUGGUACACCGGAGUUCAUGGCACCUGAGCUUUAUGAAGAGGACUACACAGAGAUGGUAGAUAUAUACUCCUUUGGUAUGUGUGUUUUGGAGAUGGUCACCAUGGAAAUCCCUUACAAUGAAUGCGACAGUGUGGCCAAGAUUUACAAGAGGGUCAGCCAUGGCAUAAGGCCCUUGGCUUUGAGGAAGGUGAAAGACCCUGAAGUUCAAGCUUUUAUCGAGAAGUGCUUGGCCAAACCUCGCGAGAGACCAUCAGCCAUGGAGCUCCUGAAAGACCCGUUUUUUGAUGACUUGGAGGAUCUGGUCUAAGUAGAGUUUUUUUUUCAAGUUCUCUUUUGGAUUCUUGCAUUGGGUUCCGUUUGUUUUGUGGUGAUCUGGUAUUCUUUUGGCAAGUCUAAAAAGGUGGUUGUUUUUGUAGAGGUUAUGAUCCUUUUCUGGACAUUCAUGAUUCUAUUAAGAGGGAAACCCUCAGAGGUUGGUCUUUUUGUACCAUUCCACUAAUUUUGUAUAAAUCACAAUUCCCUGUGUUGGUUAGGA